GGGAUUCUUUUAGGGUUUAUUGCGCUGUUCUUGUUCCUCUCCAUUCAAGUGUGAUAUUGUGCGCACAAGGAGCUCUUCUUCCCAGCUCGAUCCGGUAUGUGUAGCGCCUCCUCCGCUGGAGCGUUCUUGCGUGAUCCUCGCAUUUUCCUGUCUAGGAUGAGGAAUUAGGUUGCCGCCACAAUGCCAAAGCGUUGAAUUGAAGCACUUGCUUGGAACUUUUUUUUUUUUUUCCCUCGUUAUUUUAGUUGAUUGAAGUUGGAGUAUUAGGCGAGCUAACGCCUAAUACUCAGAUCUUGUAUUCUUUUCUUCUUUUGUUUUGGGAAGUCUUUAGUUUUUUGGGGCCUUUGUAAGAUCCUGUGAGCUUCUGGAUCUCAUACUGGAGGGUGAAUUGGUGGCAUCGACACGCUACUCUGAUCCGACGAGCUGAAAAGUUUUCUUUCUUUCUUUUAAAAUCUUUUUUUUCCCAUCGUGUUUUCGUCGUCGUAAUCAACAACUUGUGUUCCAGCUGCUUGCAUGGAACGCCUCCGUCGUUCCUUCCUCUCAUUAAUCUCCUGCAGCUUAGAUUUUGCAGCUCGUUGCUCUUGAAUCGUGCUACCUACAAAAACAAAGUUAUGACACUACGGACAAACGAAGAUAUUCCAGAUGAAGAGAAGUAAGCUCUCUUUCUUUUUUCACGCCAGGAAUCAACGUCUUGGUUUCCUGUCCAAUUAUCUUUGGCAGUGUGCAAGGUAAAUGCACUUGUGUGCAGGCGGUGGAUCUCUUAGAAAUGCUUCAAAGGGAGGAAACAAUGCGGAAGGAAAACAACGAGGAUUUGCUCAAGCCGUUCUUGAUGAGAGACACGUCAAAGCCGAGGCCGGAGGCCAUCACCAAGUUAAAGGUGUUGAGACCAGUCACCUGUGCAACUUUUGCCCGGGAUGCAAUUGAAGGGAGAGCAAAUAUUUCGGACGGUGCCAACCAACCUCUGUUUUGGCCCGGCCAGUCUGGAUGGCAGCAGCAUAACAGAGCGACUUGCAGCGCAGAUCUUCCAACCCAGUCACAGUUUGCCAACCAUGAGCACUGAGCAGGCGGGGCUGAAAGAGACGGAGGUGAUGCGGAAGUUGCAAGAGAGAAACCAGCAGUUAUUCCAAGUCGACCUGGGCUCAAGGACGGGAGUGACGAUGAGGCAGCGAUGGAAGGAUGAAAAUCCUCGUGGCUCUGGCAACAAGAAGUUGACGCCUUGCGGAUGCUCGAUCUGUAGGGGACUGUGUACUUGCGCCAUGAGUGAGAUUGAACUGCUCACCUGUCCUCGUACACUGCGGAUUUGAUAUGGUUGCAGCAGCAGCAGCAGCCAGAAAGAUUUCAAGUGCACAUGCUUGCGAACAUGCUCAGGCCGGAAAUCUCGAUAUAGCUGGUUGUGUCUUUAAACAAAAGCCGCCUGGGCCGCCUGGCCACCUCACUCGGCUCCGCAUUUGAUCCCAUCUCUCCCUGUUCUCGUGAAUGAUGGGAAAAAGAGUGCUGCUAAAAGCCAAAGGAAGCAAAACAGCAUCACAGCAAGGCAAAGUCGGAGAGAGAGAGGAGCGGUCUGACACACGCUCCCGGCAAGCAAGGAUGGGGAUGUCACGCUUUCCUCCUCACCGGUUUUAACUAAAGCUCGCUUCCAACUCUUUCAAUCACAGGCCAAGUCUUUGGGAAGAGAACGAUCAAAAGAUGGGGAUGUCACGCUUUCCUCCUCACUGGUUUUAACUAAAGCUCUCUUCCAAAUCUUUCAAUCACAGGCAGGUCUUUGGGAAGAGAUGAUCAAAGGAUGGGGAUGUCACGCUUUCCUCCUCACCGGUUUUAAGUAAAGCUCUCUUCCAGCUCUUUCAAUCAAAGGCAAGUCUUUGGGAAGAGAUGAUCGGGGAACACAUGCCGGAUGGGGAUGUGUUUGGCAUCAUCUACUUCUAUUUUCUUCGGCUUCUGGUAAAAUCCGUUGCCAGUCUUUGCCCGCUUAAGUUCGCUGCUCUGGGAUGGCCUGGUCUCGUCUGGCCAAGUUGGCCGACAAACCAUGUGCUGUGCCAUGUGCCCACCAUUGCCAUGGCUGGCGAGCAGCAGGGGGAGAAGCAGUAGAAACAGGAACAAAAGAAUGGGAGGGAAAGAGAUGAGAAGGAGAAGAGAAAGGAAGAAUAGGGAGGAGAACACGGGCAGUAUAGAAGUUUAGUAGUAUCCUAGGUGCGCUAGGAGGAAUAUCGACGAGCUGGAAUAGCAGCAGGCAGGACAAAAGGGAUGAAGUGGUCGAGGCUCAAAGCUCCGGGUAGGGAAUGCUGAAGGAAGCAAGCGGAUUGAAUUGGUUUCCGUUUAGGAUAGGGUGACAGCAGCAUCGUUUGUAGCUGGGAUAGGCAGGCAGCGGAGAGUGAAGAAAGAUCAAGCAACGAGCACGGGGAAGUGGUCUCACUAUGGCUGAAGUCAUUUUGCAGUUGCUCUUCCAGUCGCUGCUUGACAUCGUGAACGAUAUCAGCAUGUACAGGGAGUACAUAAAAUCGCACCGGAAGGAGUCCGUGAGCCUCGCCAGGAGAAUUAAGCUGCUAGGCCCCUUGUUUGAGGAAGUCAGGGAUCUCAAGGAGCCGCUGCCCGAGGGAGCGCUCGCGUCGUUCCAGGCGCUCAAGAGCGCGCUAGAGUUCUCCAAGCAGCUGCUGCUCCAGUGUCACAGCGGGAGCAAGCUCUAUCUGGUGCUAGAGGGAGAAGCCGUGUCCAGUGCGUUUUGCUCGGCGGUCGUCAAUCUCGGGCAGGCUCUGGACGAACUUCCUUACAACUCCUUGUUCCUGUCGGACGAAGUUCACGAGCAGGUUGUGCUUGUGCAUUCGCAAUUGCGUCGAGCCAAAGGCAGACAAAGCUCUCUGGAUUCACAGCUUUCGGAAGAUGCAGUGACCGUCUUGGGCGGAAACCGAGACAGUUGCAAGCUGGCUCUGGAGAGACUGGCUGGGAAGUUGCGCCUGAGAACAAUGUCCGAAUUGCAACAGGAGUCACAGGCACUGCAAGCCAUGUUUGCUGGUACGAAGCGUGACGAGAACAUCGACAAGGUAUACGCGUUGCUGGGAAAACUACAGGAGCUUGCACUGUCCAAGAACCCGGAGGCAGCCAUGGUGGAGACACCCGAAGCUCCUGCGGAGAAGCCGGCUCCUCCGGCCAUUCCAGAGGACUUCCAGUGUCCAAUCUCACUGGAGCUGAUGAAGGAUCCAGUCAUCGUCGCCACGGGACAGACUUACGAGCGAGCAUCGAUCCAAAAGUGGCUAGAUGCCGGACACAAGACAUGCCCGAAGACGAGACAACCUCUCACGCAUCUGGUACUGACGCCAAACUACGUACUGCGGAGCCUCAUUGCUCACUGGUGCGAGACACACGGCCUGGAGCCACCGAAAGGAUACGGCAGCAGCAGGCCGAGCGGGAAGCUCAGCAGCAGCCAUGGGAUAGACGUACCGCAUGCAACGGACUUAGUGGUUGUAGAGGCCUUGGUCCAGCGCCUCGCAACCGGCCAGCUCGAGGAGAAGCGAGCAGCAGCGGGGGAGCUACGCUUGCUCGCAAAGAGAAGCAUAGAAAACAGGAUCAGCAUCGCCGAGGCCGGAGGGAUUCCACUCCUGGUGGAGCUGCUCUCGACGCAGGACAAGCGCACGCAAGAGCACGCGGUCACGGCGCUGCUCAACCUGUCCAUCCACGACCAGAACAAGGGACUGAUCGUUCUAGCCGGGGCCAUCGAGCCGAUAGUGGAAGUUCUACGUGGUGGCAGCAUGGAGGCCAGGGAGAACGCGGCGGCGACGCUGUUUAGUCUCUCCGUGGCGGACGAGAACAAGGUGACGAUAGGAGCGUCUGGGGCGAUACCGACGCUGGUGGAUCUCUUCAACAGCGGGAGCUUGCGGGGGAAGAAGGACGCGGCCACCGCGCUCUUCAACUUGUCGAUAUACCAAGGCAACAAGGCGAGAGCUGUCCGGGCGGGGAUAGUUCCGGCGCUCAUGAGAGAGCUGCUGGACACUCGGGCCGGGAUGGUGGACGAGAGUUUGGCGAUCCUGGCCAUUUUGGUGACGCACCACGAGGGGAGGGUGGCGGUCGGGAAUGAGUCGCCGGUGCCCGUGCUGGUGGAGCUCAUCAGCUCCGGCUCGGCCAGGACGAAGGAGAAUGCUGCCGCGGUGCUGCUAGCAUUGUGUUCUAACGAUUCAGCUCACGUCGUGGCGGCGCACCAGCUCGGGGCGUAUCUCCCGCUGGCGGAGCUGGCGGUGAAUGGGACGAUGCGAGCGCGGCGAAAGGCCGGGAGUUUGCUCGAGCAUCUCUGCAAGCAAGAUGAAAUGGCCGAAGUGGACAACGUCUUGUAGCGAGUGCUCUCACGCAGCAGCGCAGCGGUGAAGAGAGGGAAGUUCUCGGUUUUUUUUUUCUUGGUUCUUCUCUUCUUUUUUCGCGUUGGGUGGUGUAAGUUCUUCCCUUGCUCCUCCGUUUUUCUUUUUUUUCUUCGUUCCCAAUUUUCUUCAGGAUUUCACGAUGCUGAAGCUUUAACCAUUCGACCUGGUGGUUGCCGAGACAAUGGCGAGCCGAAAAAAAAAUAACAAACAAGGCCAAUCGGACAACCAACCAGCCAACAAACAAAACAUUCUUUGGUUUUCUCUCUCUUUCUUUUUCCUCCAUUUUUUUCUCGCUGAAAGCAGCGAGAGAUGUGUUGUGCUGUACAGCAAAAAAGGAAACUUGGCAUUGAAUAAAACUUCGCGCGAUGAUGGAA